AUGAUUAGUUCAACAACACAGUCAACGAAUUCUGAUGUAGAACAAACUCGACAGUCCUAUGACCGCUUAUUGUGUGAAUCAACCAGUAACCAUGCUAUAAAAUUAGAUAGCAUACUGAAUACAAAAGAAGUAUCAAAUCAUGAGAAUUUGUAUGGAUUUUACCUUUUUCGUGUAUCCGGUUUAGAAUAUGGAAGAUUUCCUACAAUAACUUUGAAGGAAAUACUCGAUUCUCAUGAUGGUGAGCUGGUGUCAUCAAUCCAACCAAAUACAGCUUAA